AUGGAAUAAUAAGAAAGUAUCUUUAACAAAAUUGAAGAUUUUCUUAAAGCUAACUCUAAGACUUUAAUCCAUGUUAAUUUUGAGCUUUAUGAACAUAUUAAUUGUGAUUAAGAUAUUGUUUAAAUAUCUUCUAAAUUUGCUGAAUGCACAGAAAUCAAAACUUUAAAUUUAGAUAUUGCUUGUUGGCAUGUUUAAGAUGAUCAAAUAAAAUUAUUAUUUGGAGACUUACCUGGAUUUAAAAAUAUGGAUAAUUUAAAGCUCAAUUUAAGUUAUAACAGAAUCUCUCUUUCAGGAGUUUAAAUUUUAGGAGUUUUCUUUAAAAAAUGCACAAUGCUAAAAUAAUUAUUGAUAGACUUUUAUGGAAACAAAAUUGAUUCAAAAUUAGCAUCUUAAUUGGUAGAGGUUAUCAGUCAAGUCAAAAGCAUUUAAUAAUUAGAAUUAUUAUUUGGAAAAAAUAAGAUUAAAGAUGAGGAAACAUUAACAUUUUGCAACUCCUUACAAAGUCUAGGCAAUUAAUUGAUAAGUUUGAAUAUUAGAUUGAGUGAAAAUAAAAUUAGUGAUGAAGGAGCUAUUGGAUUAGGUUAAGCUUUAAGUGAAUUUAAGAAACUAAUUUAUCUUGAUUUAUAGUUAUAAGAGAAUAAAAUUGGUAAUCAAGGAGUUUCUAGCAUAGCUAGAGGUUUGAGUAAAAGUACUUAAAUCAAAAUCUUAGCACUUAUCUUACACUAGAAUGAAAUAGGGAAUGAUGGUGCAUAAUCAAUUGGAGAAGCUUUAAAGAACUUGAAGAGUCUAACUAAAUUAGAAUUAUGGUUAAAAGGAAAUAAAAUUGAUGACAUAGGUAUAUUAAGCAUAGCGAAUAGUUUGAGUAUUUGCACUCAUUUAGAAUCUUUAUAGCUUAGCUUAUAUGAUAACUAUAUUAGUGAUGAAGGAUAUUUAAAAUUUAAUGAAUAUCUUAAUAUGAUGCCCAGCUUAUUAAAUUUAGAAUUUUCAUUUAGCUAAUCUGAGAAGCUAUUAAAAUCAAGAGAUAUUCUCAACUGUAAAAAUAUAAAGGUGCUUACUCUAAACAUUUACGAAUGUAAGACAAAGAGAGAAAAGAUUGAACAUAAGACAAAAGCACUUAAAAUAAAAAGAUUAGUCUAAUUAAAUAUCAAUGACUAUUGA